GAAGAAUUCAGUUAUGUUAAGUAUAAUGCGGAGUUGUAGAAUGUUUCGCUGUCAAAAUAUAGGAACAUUUGUCCAACAUCAUCGGCCUGUACAUGUGUUUGUUGGAUAUAUUAUUGUGAUUGCUGUAUGUGUAUUAUAUGGACUGGAAUAUUCUGAGCCUACAGUCUCGGACAACAAGCAGGUGUAUAUACCCAUUAGACGUAUUAAAGAUGAUGGGGAGGGAUAUCAUGAAUUUCACUAUAGAACUGGUGAUACAUCUCGGGCUAAGCACCCGGCAGCAACAUAUGAGAAAUUGAGCGAUGUGAUUCAUCAACUUUUAGCUGUUAACAUGCAGAAUAUAUCUGACAAUAUACAACAUCAAGAAAAGAAAAUACGAAGCAUUAAACACAAAAAUAUUAUGUUUCUCAAGCUCCAUAAAACUGCUAGUUCAACAAUGCAGAAUAUAUUCUUCCGUUAUGUUGACUCAAAUGCUCUUAAUAUUGCCCUACCUAAAUCAGGUCUUUACUCAUUUUCGUACCCCAAAGUAUUUUCUCCUAGCUUUGUAAAGCCAUCGAUCAAGCCAUUUAAUGUGAUGUGCAACCAUCUCCGCUACCACAGAAGCGUGCAUAGCGUAAUGCCUGCUGACACCAAAUACAUUACAAUAAUAAGGAAUCCAGACUCACAGUUUAUAUCAUCCUUCAACUAUUUCAACUUUCCAGACUGUUUCAAACAACAUGGGAUAAAAACAAUCAAUGAUUUUGCAAGAGUUUUACCAAAGGGUACAUGUGCCAAUGUGAAUGCUCAAAACUCAAUGCUCUAUGAUUUGGGAGUGUCUAUCCAUGAUAUUACCAAUAUGAAUGUAAUCAAGGAUAAGAUUAUAGAAGCUGGCAAAAUAUUUGAUCUUGUGAUGUUAAGUGAAUAUAUUGAUGAAGGAUUAAUCCUAAUGCGUGAUAUGCUCCAAUGGAAAAAUGAGGAUAUAUUAUAUAUGAACAAACUUGUGAGUCAAACCCCCCAAAAAAAAAUCUCAACUAAAACACGUAAUAUUUUACGGGAAUAUAACAAAGGAGAUGUUCUCCUCUAUGAAUACUUUAAUAAAACAUUUUGGUUAAAAGCUCAACGUUAUGGCCUCCAAAAGCUGAUAUUGGAAGUACAGAAAUUCCGUGAAUUCAAUCAAAAGUGGUUUGAUUUUUGUGUCGACGGAGUUGUGUCAGGUGACCAAAUAAGAGAUGCUGAUUUGAAGGCUGACUAUAAUGAUGACAUUGUUCUUGGAUAUAACCUUAAUGAAUAUGCUAAAGACUCAGAAAUGUGUCACCAACUUGCAACCCAGGAGAUACAUUAUCAUAGAAAAUUAGAAAAAAGGAUGAAACGUUUAGGUAAUGUUAAAACAGAGAGAGUAAGAAGAUUGCAUCGGCACUAGUUAAACAUAGGGUUCCAUAUACUUUGUAACUGCCUCAACACAUUUUUCUCAGUUAUCAUUAUAAAAAUAAAAAUUUAUUGUUUUAUAUCUUAAUUUUUGUUAUUUAAUUAUUGGCUCGGGAACACAUUGUCAGAAUUAGGGGGGAGGGGGUCAUAUAGUGGGAGAGGCAUUAUAUUGAUAUGGUCAUAAUACAAAAUUGAUUGAUAAGGUAUGUAGAAAUAAUCUUGAUUUUCAUUGAAUUAUUCUUCAUUUAGUCUUAAAUGAAAUCAUAUUUGCAAUUCUAUCAUGAUAAACAACAGGG